UUCCGGUUCGAGCUGAAAGGGUCUGUCGUUAUGAGGAUGUUGCUUCCGGUUUUGAUUCCUUUUCGGCUGCGGCUUGUUCCUCGCCAACAUGCCACUCGCAAAAGACUUGUUGCACCCAUCGCCUGAGGAGGAGAAGAGGAGGCACAAGAAAAAGCGUCUAGUUCAGAGUCCCAACUCUUAUUUCAUGGAUGUGAAAUGUCCAGGAUGCUACAAGAUCACGACGGUGUUCAGCCACGCUCAGACUGUCGUGCUGUGUGUUGGCUGUUCCACAGUCCUGUGUCAGCCCACUGGAGGCAAAGCACGUCUCACAGAGGGCUGCUCUUUCAGGAGGAAGCAGCACUAGCUGUCCUCACUGAUGGAGAGGAGGGGAAGGACGGUUGAUAUCGGCAGCGGAAAGCUCAGCAGUCUGAUCUGUGACGAGACGUGAAGACUGAUUUCUCAUAAUGAGAUCACAUGUUGCUGUAACUCCACCCUCCAAACCCGUCUCUCUCAAUAAAUGGUUUUGGUUGUAAGAAUGAA